GCGGCCAAAUUGACACCAGCUCCCAGCCUGCUCAUACCUCCAACAUUGCCCAUCCAUUGACUGGCACACAGGUGUGGAGUACAUGUUCCCUCCUCUCGCUUCUCUUCCCACCUUUCCAGUUCUGACAGGUCCUUGCUGACUCUCUCCACCCUGGAUUUGCCCCCAGUCUCCUCUCUGAGGGCAGUACCUUUCCAGCUCCCACCAUUAAGCAGGGUAGCUCUGAAGGAGGGAGAGAAGUGAGAGCAAGAGACAUGGGUGUUUCUGGGCCUUCAAGCCCUUGAGUACACACCUGUCACCCAAACACCCAGGUUCCUGCAGACCUCUGUGUCCCAGAGAAAUAGCCAUGUGUCUUCCCAGGUUCUCCACAGAAGACUUAAGUAUUCAGACUCCUGUAUUUCCUUCUUUCUCUCACUCCUUCAUUCCUUCAGUUUCUCCUCCUCCCUCCCCCUCCCACUCUUUCUUCCACACUUUUACCUUCUUCAUCAAUUCCCCCUCAGGGAUCUUCUCCUUUCUUCUUUGCUGAAGGCUCCCACUGUCUCUCUGACCCUCCUUUUCUCUCCUCCUGGGCCAUCCUUGAAUUCUGGCUGAAGGGAGAUAAUGAAAGGAAAGCUCCUCCUUUUGGCCUUCAUCAGCUCAGAGGCUGUCCUUCUGAGGGCAGUCUCCCCAGAGGUCCCCCAAUAACCCCUAGGCACCGGGCACCUGAUGAGGGAUUCUCACUCAUGGCAUUUGGGGGAAAACAGGAAAUGCUGUGAAAUGCUGACUUCUACACAAAGCAGCCUUUGCGGCUCAGCUGACCGCUAACAUGCGAAGUGACCGAAGAUCCGCCACUAUGAUGCCGCUGCUGAGAACGUUGCAGUGUAUGAGAUCCUUCACCGCCAUUAGCACCCUCUUCCCAGUUUCACAGCCACAACUCUGUGGGUCAGGUGAGGUUUUCCUACGUUUACAAGUAAGAAAACGGAACUUAGAAAGGUGAAGAGGCUGCCUAAAAUCACAUCUGGGGUGUGGUGAACCUGAGGCUGGCUCUUUCUACCACUCACACUAAAAUGAUUCCAACGUUUCAGAGAUAGCACAUCUUUCAUUUCAUUCUCACAUCAAUCCUGUGAGGUGGACAACAACCCUGCCAAGGAGAAUCAGCAGUUCAAAGGAGGUGAAAUGGCUUGCUUACAGCCCCACAGCAGACUCCAAGCCCCGAACUCCAAAAGGAAAGGAGGAAGAAGGGCUCAGCCCUCGCCAGCCAGCAGCCAGGGAUGCUGCCCAGGUCUCUGCCAGGAAAACCUGGAGAGAUCCGGGUCCUGCCCCCUGACCUUUUACUCUGCCAGCCGGGAAGUGGGGAGCUGGAGGGGUAGGGAGGGGGAGAAGCCUCAGCUCGUUCCCAAGACAGAGUCCCCACUUGGGCACAUGCCCUGGGGUGAGGCUUCUUUGGGAAGCCGAAGGCCUUGAACUCUGUGCCGAAGGGGUCCCGGGCGGAGAAAAGCCCCGGAGACCUGGAAGCCUUAGCCCAGGAUGAGUGGAACGCGGAAAGGAGCCCCAGGGACUGGGUGCGAGAGCAAGAGCUGGACCAGCUCCUCUCCUGCGGGGUCGGGGCCCUUGGAGUUGCCAGGAGGAAUCUCCCGGGGACGCGGCGCGGCGUGGGGCGGAGCAGCCCCUCCGGUCUUCUCGAGAGUGGGCACUGAGAGGCCGCGAGGGCCAGGCCCGGGUUUUGUGUGUUUCCAGGAGGUCUGGGCUUCCCGGCCACCCGGAGGAGCAACAGGGAGCCUUCCAUUCUGGGCAGAAGCCCAAGGAGGCCCGCGCUUUCUCUGAAAGUGAAAGGAGUGGGCGGGGGGCGCGGCCGAGGCGGGGCCCAGGCGAGCGGCCGCGCAGGCUCCGCCUCGGGGCAGUCUCAAGCCUGGGGCGCCGAGCGGCUCCAGUACCCGCCGCGCCGCGGGCUGGUGGGCUCCCCGGCGGCUCUCUUGCUGGGAAAUGACCCUGCCCGGGGGCCCGACGGGCAUGGCGCGACCGGGAGGCGCGGGGCCCUGCAGCCCCGGGCUGGAGCGGGCCCCGCGCCGGAGUGUCGGGGAGCUGCGCCUGCUUUUCGAGGCGCGCUGCGCCGCGGUUGCCGCCGCCGCCGCCGCAGGGGAGCCCCGGGCCCGCGGGGCCAAGCGGCGGGGGGGACAGAUCCCCAACGGGCUUCCGCGGGCUCCCCCUGCCCCGGUGAUCCCGCAGCUGACUGUGACGGCCGAGGAGCCGGACGUGACCCCGGCCAGCCCCGGGCCGCCCAAGCCGGAGGGUGGCUGGCUCCCGGCCGCGGGCUCGUCGCACCUGCAGCAGCCGCGCCGCCUCUCCACCUCGUCGCUCUCCUCCACUGGCUCCUCGUCGCUGCCCGAGGACUCGGAGGACGAUCUUCUGAGCGACAGCGAGAGCCGGAGCCGCGGCAACGUGCAGCUGGAAACAAGCGAGGACGUGGUUCAGAAAAGCCACUGGCAGAAGAUCCGGACCAUGGUGAAUCUGCCCGUCAUGAGCCCUUUCAAGAAGCGCUACUCCUGGGUGCAGCUGGCAGGGCACACGGGGAGUUUCAAGGCGGGCAGCAGCGGGAUGAUUCUGAAGCGUAGCUCAGAGCCCGAGCGCUACUGCCUGGCACGGCUCAUGGCGGACGCGCUGCGCGGCUGCGUGCCCGCCUUCCACGGUGUGGUGGAGCGCGACGGCGAGAGCUACCUGCAGUUGCAGGACCUGCUCGACGGCUUCGAUGGGCCCUGCGUACUUGACUGCAAGAUGGGCGUCAGGACUUACCUGGAAGAGGAGCUGACCAAAGCCCGCGAGCGGCCCAAGCUGCGGAAGGACAUGUACAAGAAGAUGCUGGCCAUAGACCCUGCGGCACCCACCGAGGAGGAGCACGCGCAGCGCGCGGUCACUAAGCCGCGCUACAUGCAGUGGCGAGAAGGCAUCAGCUCCAGUACCACGCUCGGCUUCCGCAUCGAGGGCAUUAAGAAAGCCGACGGCUCCUGCAGCACAGACUUCAAGACCACGCGAAGCCGGGAGCAGGUGAUUCGCGUCUUCCAGGAGUUUGUGCAAGGGGAUGCCGAAGUGCUGAGGAGGUAUCUGAACCGCCUGCAGCAGAUCCGGGACACACUGGAGGUCUCUGAGUUCUUUAGGAAGCACGAGGUGAUCGGCAGCUCGCUCCUCUUCGUGCAUGAUCACUGCCACCGCGCCGGCGUAUGGCUCAUCGACUUCGGCAAGACCACGCCCCUCCCCGACGGCCAGACCCUGGACCACCGGCGGCCCUGGGAGGAGGGCAACCGAGAGGACGGCUACUUGCUGGGGCUGGACAAUCUCAUUGGCAUCCUGGCCAGCCUGGCUGAGAGAUGAGGCUGGGUCCCUGUCCCCACGGACCGGAGGGUCUGACAGAAGGACAUGCGCCUGCAUCCCCGCCAUGCAUGCAGGCGAGAGACUGAAACCCCGCGGUGCGGGGCGGUUCAUACAGUCCUAUAGGGCCAGGUGCCGACCACUACAGGACACACUGCACGCGCAGGGCCUGGCCCCCAUAAAAGCCCCAGUGUUCCCAGAGCUGAUGACACUAAUUUACCGGGCAAGGGAGGAGUAGAAGUGGGAUGAGUGGCUUCUUCUUCAGCCCAGCUCUUCUGAGGGGGCUCCAUACCUCUCCAGAGAAGCCAGAUAAUGAACUUUAUUUCACAGGUACUAGAUCUAUUGGUCUGGCCUCCCACACUACAAUGGACUCCCCUUCCCAAUAAAACUCAAAGACACCAGCUU